GGAAUAUUAGCUCUCAAGAGUUGAUAAUCCUUGGGUUAUGACACCGUCUUUACAAGUUUAUCAAUCUUGAUUAUAGUAGUAACUUUAUUUUUCAGAAUUAAAUGUUGGCGACAUUGGAUCAGUUUGAAAUCACGUGAUGACGUGAUCAUGAAUUUGCCCUUCAAGUGACAUUUGUAGUCUGCUAUUGGUGAAGUGAGGAGCGCAGGAAAAAUAACAAAAUUCAAAAUGGUGAAAAUGGGAAUAAACGGUUUCGGGCGCAUCGGUCGUCUGGUGCUGCGUGCUGCCCUGGAGCGCGGCGUGGAAGUGGUCGCUGUCAACGAUCCCUUCCUCAACGUGGAAUACAUGGUGUACCUGUUCAAGUACGAUUCCACCCACGGCAGGUACAAGGGCUGCGUCGCCGCAGACGGCACCAACUUGGUCGUCAACGGAGUCAAGAUCGCCGUGUACUCCGAGAAAGACCCCAAGCAAAUCCCAUGGGGUAAACAUGGCGCCGACUACGUAGUCGAAUCCACUGGUGUAUUCACCACCAUUGAUAAGGCAUCCGCCCAUUUGGAGGGAGGCGCCAAGAAAGUCAUUAUUUCUGCCCCAUCUGCUGACGCUCCAAUGUAUGUCGUCGGUGUCAAUCUUGAUGCUUACAACCCAUCUGAUAAAGUUAUCUCGAACGCUUCGUGCACCACCAACUGCCUGGCACCGCUCGCCAAGGUCAUCCACGACAAUUUCGAGAUCGUCGAAGGGCUGAUGACGACCGUGCACGCGACCACUGCUACCCAGAAGACAGUCGACGGCCCUUCGGGCAAGCUGUGGCGCGACGGUCGCGGCGCCGGCCAGAACAUCAUCCCUGCGGCGACGGGCGCCGCCAAGGCCGUCACCAAGGUUAUCCCCUCUCUUGUCGGAAAAUUAACCGGCAUGGCUUUCAGAGUUCCUACCCCAGAUGUAUCAGUAGUCGACCUAACAGUGCGUUUGGGAAAAGAAGUCACAUAUGACGAGAUAAAAGAGAAAGUGAAAGAAGUUUCCAAAACGUCCAUGAAGGGCAUCAUCGGCUACACAGACGAACAAGUCGUUUCUUCCGAUUUCAUCGGAGACACUCAUUCCUGCAUCUUCGAUGCGCUAGCUGGUAUCGCCCUAUCGAAAACCUUCGUGAAGCUGAUCGCUUGGUACGACAAUGAGUUUGGGUAUUCUUGCAGAGUGGUGGAUUUGAUUAAAGCAAUAGCUGUGAAAGAUGGAGCGUCUUAACAAUUUUUAGGGUCAUGAAACUUCUGCGAUGUCACUUAUUCAACAUUACACUCAACAAAAUCUGGCAGAUGUUGAGUGGCGUCAAAAUUAUAGUACCUGGUAAACUUGUGACUUUUAUUAUUUUGGAAUAAAGAAAAUUAUUGUUUG